AUGGCUCCAGCUGCUACGGGAGAGAUCGCGCCAAUGCAUCUACCCGUUGGUCCCUCGAAGCCAUUAAACAUCAGUGCCUCUGUCUUACAUGGUCCACGCGAUCUGCGGCUGGAAACAAGAACCAUCGAGGGUCCGGCAACGGGUGAGCUUCAAAUCGCUGUGAAAGCAACUGGCAUCUGCGGCUCAGACGUUUCCUACUAUAAGAAGUUUGCCAACGGCGAUCUUUGUGCUUGUCAACCACUAUCAUUGGGCCACGAAUCUUCUGGUGAAGUUGUUGCCAUCGGCUCUCAAGUGAAUGGCUUCAAGUUAGGAGACCGGGUUGCACUGGAGGUGGGCGUUGCUUGUGGAAACUGUGUCACUUGCCGCAAGGGUCGGUACAACUUGUGUAAAAAGUUGCGUUUCCGAAGCAGUGCCAAAACCUACCCUCAUUAUCAAGGCACAUUGCAGGAGAGAAUUAACCAUCCCGCGGUUUGGUGCCAUAAGCUCCCGGACAACGUUUCUUAUGACGCCGCUGCUCUUCUUGAGCCCUUGUCCGUGGCUAUCCACGCGGUCAACCGUGCUAGACCGGAGCCUGGCUCAACUGCUCUUAUUAUCGGAGCCGGUACAGUUGGAUUGUUGACCGCCGCAAUGGCUCGCCAAUCGGGCUGUACCUCAGUCACAAUAACCGACAUCGAUGCUGGUCGUGUUAACUAUGCUGUAAGCCGAGGAUUCGCAACACAUGGAUUCGUCACUCCUUUGUCGCGUCUGAACUCAUCAAACUACUCUUCUGGAAUCUCCACUCCCGAUACUGGUGCUAUAACUCCGGCGAGUACCUUCUCAACAGCAAGCCGCUUCGACGGAGCCAAAUCCCUGGCUGCAGAUAUCCUUGCAUCAUCCAACCCGGCAGGUGCAUUCGUGCUUGAAGAGGACGAAGACGGUGUAGAUGUUACUUUCGAAUGCACCGGAAAGGAGGUCUGUAUGCACACAGGCUUGUAUGCUACCAAAGCUGGUGGUAAACUCAUAAUGGUGGGUAUGGGGACUCCUGUUCAGACUCUUCCUCUGUCAGUGGCCCACCUCCGUGAGAUCGAUAUCCUGGGCGUUUUCCGCUAUUCCAACACCUACCCUACGGGAAUCCGAAUUUUGUGUUCUCAGGCCGCAAAGCCUUCAGGAUGUGGCCUACCCUCGCUGGAUGAUAUGGUAACCCACCGAUUCAAGGGUCUUGACAAGGCGCAGAGUGCUUUUGAGUUGGCAACACGCACCAGCGAUGAUGAGGGCAAUCUAGUAUUGAAGAUUGUGAUUGAGGCAUGA